GGGAGGGCCGGAGCAAAAAACGACCACAACGCCACCGCUGCAGCAUUUGCGCACGGUGAGACAACAUAAAAAGGCGCUCGAUCAGUGCCGCAACCGCUGGACGAAAUCUGUCGUCGGGGCAGAGCUUGCCGGCUGCAACAGGGUGUCGAGUGCAGCUAGCGCGCAGAGCGAUGCCACAAAAACAAAAGAAAAAGGGCGGCAAGAGCAAAAGCAAGAACAAACAGACAACAGAAACGAAAGACGACGCCCCACCACCAUCAGGACUACCGCUCAAGUCCAUACUAGCGGCAGCAAUAAUAGCGGGCGCGGCGACGCUCUUUUCCACAACAAGGUCGUGCGGCGCACCUCGAGUCGUGGAAGAGGGCGAUCUGCGGUACCUCGUGAACAAUGGUGGUGUCAUUGGCGUCCAGCGCAUAGGCGCGCCCGAGCAGGCGGUCUUUCGGGGCUGGGUCGUCCAAAGAACAGCUUCUUCUCUCAGAGAUAAAGCUAGGAAUGCGUUAGUCGUGGGCUUGGGUGGUGGUUCCGUAGCACAAUACUGGCGCAAUACCUCUCUCAGUGUCCAUGCUGUAGAAAUCGAUGGCAGAGUAGCUAAACUAGCAGAGACGCAUUUUGGGGUCACACGAGGCACCACGCUAGUGGAGGAAGGUUUGAGAUUCAUAAGAAAGCGCGCCGACGACGUGCGACGCAAAAGGGGCCCGCCCUAUGAUUUAUUGAACAUCGACGUGAUCGAUGCAGGGGAUCCGUGGGGUAGUGCGACGUGGCGCUUCCUUGGCAAAUCUGCUCUCAGCGCUUCAAAGAAAGCUUUAACGCCGCAGCAGGGCUUGCUGGUGUUCACAAUUGUUCUGGGUUCGCUGGCCGAUCAACGGUCGAGGCAGUACCUGAAGGUGGCCACGCAACGGCUAGGUGCCGUCUUUCCGCGGGUCCGAGCUUAUAGGGACUCUCCUUUGAGUGAACCAGGAGCGACCAAUGUGGUCUUCUUCGCGUCUGAUGGGGGCCUCGACGAUGAAAUUGGCAUAAACCACGACGAGCGCGCGGCGGCCGCGGAAUUGUCCGGGGCCGAACCGGGGUCCGAGGACUGGGUCGCGGCCAUGCACAAGAGCUGGGAGGUCGCGCGGUGCGACGCCGGGACCUGUGCGCUGCUGGCGAACGUGUCAGAUACGUUCGCGCCCGACGGGAGUGCGGCGGCGCCGCCGGACAAGGGCUAUUCUGCAAUGGUUGCUGCUUCGUUGAGGGAGCACUUCUCUCCCUCGCUAUUCCAGGAGCCGCUGCUCUGCGCGCUUGUAGGGUGAAAAACUAAGUCUUAGACUUGCGCACAACACAACUUGAACAAUAGGCGCCGGGCGACGGGCGAUGUGGUGAGAGGCCGCGUCGACGGCG